AUGGGUAAGCAACAUCCAUGCAUUGCUUGGGUUCCAAUCCUUUGGGAUAAAAGGAGUAAAACAAAAUCAAAGGAUUGUGCUCAAGCGAUUAAGGAGGAGGGUCCUAUUAAUCUUAAUCAUGUUGUUGGUACCAUCACCAACACACUUACUGCUAGACUUUCAGCAAAGGAUUGGGCACGAGUUCGAGCAGAAAUCCGUGCAUUUGAGAAGGGUCGUCCUCUCCCUGAUCUUCCUUUAGAUAUCAUCGUCACCAACAUAUUUACUAGACUUCCAGCAAAGUGCAUCUUCCAGCUUUGGCAGCAAACUAAUUCAAAUGACGCAUUGUAUGGCUUAAUCAUGAAUUCCAACUUUGUUCAUAUGCACCUAGACCGAGGAGGGCGAACUAAUACUCCUCCAACCAUUGUGAUGCAAUCUCUUACGCAAUCCGUUGGGAAUGUCAUCAAACUUUUUCUUUCUGAAGAUGGUAGAGCCGAGAGCAUUAAGGCUGCAACAAGCUUGGAUCUUCGUUCAUGUAAUAGUGCAUAUAAUUGCGAGGGGCCGUUUACUCUUUGCGGUUCAUGUGAUGGGUUUCUUUUAUUCAGGUGCGUAAUUGGUCCAGAGCUUUUCUGUAUUUGGAAUCCGAUUACAAAAGAACAAGUAAUUGUGACUCCUGAUCACCCAGGAUAUACUACUACUACUCGUGUAUGUGGAUUUUACUUCCAUCCACUUACAAAAGAAUACGAAGUAGUUUGUGUACAUCAGUUAGCUUGGAAACCGAUGUGGGAGUUUCAGAUUAUUAGUUUAAGAACUAAACGUAAAAGAAGUGUUGGUACCUGCCAUUAUUGUCCAAGUAGCGUAAAAACGGCGCAUGUAUUUAUUAACGGAACAUUUUACUGGAUGGUUGAUUCCGUCAUGUAUAGGUUUGAUAACGGUGUUUCCCCGAGCCUAUCACAUUCAAUAUUGUCAUUUAAUAUAGAAACCGAGGAAUUUGGCACCAUGGAAGUUGUUAAGCCAUCUAACUGUCAGGUACCUAAUUCGGAUUGCCUUGAAGAUGUGUUUCAACUUUUCGAGUUGGAAGGCCGUUUAUGCCUAUUUGAUUCUUUGUCAAUUACCAACGGGGCGUUCAUAUGGGAUCUUAACUACGAUACCAAACGAUGGGUUAAAAAGCACUCGAUAACGUCUCCGGAGAAUCGUUACUGA